UGGUCAUCAUGGCUUCUCGAUUACCACUUCCCCGUCUACCCGAACAGCGCCUCAGGGCAAUCCCUCGGGUUGCCCAUGGCUCUCGCUAUCUGAGUACCGCUGGCCGCCGGAACUUCGCUUCAGCUGCACUCUGCAGGCACCUCAGUCGGCCCAGUGGGUCCUCUACCAGCCCACUGCAAGUUCCCGUCUCAGGUGCUCCCCGGUUCGAUCUCGGAUUCUUUGGGCGCCACCAGGUUCGAACUUAUGCGGAUUCCAUUGUUAAGGUUCCCCAGAUGGCAGAAUCAAUCACCGAGGGCACAUUGAAACAAUUCUCGAAACAGGUUGGCGAUUAUGUCGAACGUGAUGAAGAGAUAGCAACCAUUGAGACGGACAAGAUCGAUGUUUCCGUCAACGCACCUGACUCAGGCACCAUCAAAGAACUGCUGGUCAAUGAGGAGGAUACUGUGACCGUUGGGCAGGACCUUGCCAAGCUGGAAUUGGGGGGCGCCCCUGAGGCGAAGAAGGACGAAUCUUCCGAGAAACCAAAGGAGCCUGCUGCUGAAAAGCCCAAGGCACCGACUGAGCCAGCGGAGGAGACGAAGCCAUCGCAGAAGCCUGCUUCGUCGGAAAAGCCGGCAGCUCCCGAGCCCCAGAGCAACAAGAAACCGGCGCCCGAAGCCUCUCAGUCACAGGCUUCUGACACUGCCAAGUCCACCCCUAGCGGUCGUGAGGAACGACGGGUCAAAAUGAACAGAAUGAGGUUGCGAAUUGCCGAGCGCCUGAAGCAGUCCCAGAACACCGCUGCCUCGCUUACUACUUUCAAUGAGGUCGACAUGUCAUCUCUUAUGGACUUCCGGAAACUAUACAAGGAUGAUGUCCUUAAGAAAUCCGGUGUGAAACUUGGGUUUAUGAGCGCCUUCUCCCGUGCCUGUGUUUUGGCCAUGAGAGAUGUGCCCGCUGUGAAUGCAUCCAUUGAGGGCCCGAACGGGGGUGAUACUAUCGUGUACCGCGAUUACGUGGACAUUAGUGUUGCUGUCGCUACCGAGAAGGGUCUUGUCACCCCCGUGGUGCGAAACGCCGAGGCUAUGGACCUUGUUGGAAUCGAGAAGGCCAUUGCGGAUCUCGGAAAAAAGGCCCGCGAUAACAAGCUUACAAUCGAAGACAUGGCCGGUGGCUCUUUCACCAUCAGCAAUGGCGGUGUUUUCGGCUCCCUGAUGGGCACGCCGAUCAUCAAUCUGCCGCAGACAGCCGUUCUUGGACUGCAUGCGAUCAAAGACAAGCCCGUGGUAGUCAACGGCAAAAUUGAAAUCCGUCCCAUGAUGUACCUUGCUCUCACUUAUGACCAUCGGCUUCUAGAUGGCCGGGAGGCAGUUACGUUCCUUGUCAAGAUCAAGGAGUAUAUCGAGGACCCGCGUCGCAUGUUGCUCGGCUAGAUGCAACAAUAAGGGCCUGUUUCGUCCACGGGGUAUGUCUCUAAACAACUUGGCAUGCCUUUUGUUCUGUUUUGGACCCUGCCAGGUCUUCAUGUACAUUAUCAGUCUGUUGACGAAGGCAAUGUGGGAAGAGCGAGAUAAGAGGAAAUUAACAACCAUAUACACCUGCUGUGUGCCAAGUCAAACCAGUUUAGUCAACAGUAAUGCGUGUGCUACAAGGCCAUGGAUCAUCUAAGUCCCACC